UUGGUGUUGGUGUUAGGGGACCUUCACAUCCCUCACCGGUGCAGCGGCCUGCCCGUGAAGUUCAAGAAGCUGCUGGUUCCGGGAAAGAUUCAGCACAUCUUGUGUACGGGAAACCUCUGCACCAAGGAGAGCUAUGACUACCUCAGGACUCUGGCUGGAGACAUCCACGUGGUUAGGGGGGACUCAGAGAGCCUGAAUUAUCCUGAAGAGAAGGUUGUAACUGUUGGGCAGUUCAGAAUUGGGCUGAUUCAUGGCCAUCAAGUUAUUCCCUGGGGUGAUGUGGCCAGCCUGGCGCUGCUGCAAAGGCAGCUGGAUGUGGAUAUUCUCGUCUCGGGACACACACACAGGUUUGAAGCAUUUGAACAUGAAAACAAAUUCUACAUCAACCCAGGAUCGGCUACAGGAGCCUACAGUGCUUUGGAAAU